CACUGAUAAUAAAAUCUUACAAUACUCAGUCAAAUUAUUAUUGAUAUUGAAUUGUUAAUUGUUGUUUACAAUAAAAAUGUUAAUGAUAAAGUGAUGAAUUCAAAAUUAGUUAUACUAUGCAAGUUUAAUGUAUUAGUAUUAGCCAUUUCGUGGACGUGGACAGUGUAGGGGCUAGAAACAAUUUUUUUUUGUCACUAUUAUCUAUAUUAAACAUUAAUAUUUUGUUUUUAAAAUAUAAAAAUGAAAGAAUGGAAUAAAUUAUUUCCGAAUAAAGAAGGAUUCAUAGUAUUUUCGUUGUAUAUAAUCCUUUUUGUAUUUCAAGGAGUUUUUAUAACAGCAUCUAAAACAGAAAAUGGAGUUUAUGACUAUAAUACAACACUUGUUGUAUUUUUAUCUGAAUUACUAAAAUUGUUGAUAUCCGGAUUUUUAUAUACUUGCAAACAGGGGAAUAAGCCAAAUUUAUUCAAAGCUAUUGCUUUGAAUUAUAGGCUGCUGAUUUAUUACUUUAUACCAUCACUUUUAUACUGUUUCUAUAAUAACCUGGCAUUUAUAAACUUGUCCCAUUAUGAUCCCACCUCAUAUUAUAUUUUACUUCAGUUUCGAGUAGUUUUAACAGCAUUAAUAUUUCAGUUCCUGUUCAAAAGGAAGCUCACAUUUUUCCAAUGGAUUUCGCUCGGGAUCCUUACAUUAGGUUGUAUGAUAAAAAACUUUGACACUGAAACAGCACAGACAAAGGAAGAUUCUGAAUUUUUGUCUCAAAUUUUUAAUAUAUAUUUCUUAUCAAUAAACUUUCAAAACUUUUGUUCAUGUUUGGCCGGAACUUACAAUGAAUAUUUGUUGAAAACCGUCGGCUCCGAUGUAGAUAUAUUCUUACAAAAUGUUUUCAUGUAUCUCGAUUCAGUUUUAUGCAAUUUCUUUAUUUUACUGUACAUGGGAGAAUUAGGUGGCAUCUUUAAUGACUUUAAAUAUCUCGGUGAUAUAUUUGUUAUUCUUAUAACAGUGAAUAGCGCUGUUGUCGGUAUUGUUACCAGUUUUUUUCUGAAGAAUUUGAAUUCAAUUUUAAAGACAUAUGCCAGUGCUUUAGAACUAGUUAUAACUGCUAUUGUAUGUUACAUGCUAUUUAAUAUCCUUAUCACAAAAUACACUGUGUUAUCAAUAUGCCUAGUCAGUAUUGCAGUUGCAAUGUACGUUAGGAAUCCCGUUAAUAAUGUUAACUCGAAUAAAACCAAUUCCAUUGAUAAGAAACCUUUAUUACCAGUAACAGAAAAUAAACAUAGAAAUGAUAAUUGAGAUUAUUCUAAUCAUAAGUGACUAUUAUUAGGUAUUUAAAAUGAUAUUUUUAUGGGAACAUAAGUUUAAAAUAAUAUAAAUUGAUAUCUUAUUUAGUGAAUUAGGUGCCUAAAGGAUGUAUUAAAGGGUAUUGUGAACGAGAAAGCUAUGAGAUCAUGUAUGUCUAGAGUUUAAAGCCAGUGAUAUAGAAACACAUUUAUACCCUUUCCUGGCACCCAUACCAUAAUAUAAUCUCAUAAUUAAAUUAUAUGAAGUAAUUUAAUCAUAAAUGAAACUACCAAAAUUAGUAUUACCAGUAUUAUUAUAAGUUUUGGGAUCUCAGCAGACAAUUUUCUGUGAUUGAUACAAUUGAUCUAAAUUCUACAUUAUAUAUCAUUAAUUUCAGUGAAUAAUUUGUAUGUAUAAUAUUUUUAUAUAUAAAUUUUUAAUCUGUUAAACAUUUAAUAAUAAAUUAUUGUUCCCCUUCAUUGCUGUUUAUUGCUUAUAUGAAAUUAAUAAUAUAUUUUUAAUAUUUAACCACUCUUCCUUCUAGACAAUAAUUAAUAUGUAUAACAAUGUAAAUCACAUGUAAGCAAUCUAUCUAAUACAAUGUUAAUGUAUGAUAACUUUUAAUCCUAACAAGGCAAAAAUUAUAAUUAAAAAAUAUGGUUACAUGUCGUUGGCCAAUGUGAAAUGUAAUAAAAACUUUUUACAGAUACAUUAAAAACUCUUUGGUG